CUUCAAUUCCGCCCACACUGGAGUUCUGCCGCAAGCUGGACAGCAUUGUUGGGCCUCAGCUCACCAUGUUGGCAUCAGACAUAUGUGAACAGUACAACAUCAACAAGAGAAUAUCAGGGGCUGAGAAGGAACCUCAGUUUAAGUUUAUCUAUUUCAAUCACAUGAACCUGGCCGAGAAAAGUACCAUUCACAUGAGGAAAACACCCAGUGUAUCACUUGCAUCUGUUCACCCUGACCUCAUGAAGAUUCUCGGUGACAUCAACAGUGACUUCUCCAGAGUUGAUGAAGAUGAGGAAAUUAUUGUGAAGGCCAUGAGUGAUUACUGGGUAGUUGGGAAAAAGUCUGACCAGAGAGAACUGUAUGUUAUUUUGAAUCAAAAAAAUGUAAAUCUGAUCGAAGUUAAUGAAGAAGUGAAGAAACUUUGUGCAACACAAUUUAAUAACAUUUUCUUCUUGGAUUGAUCUGCAAAGGGCUGAUGUAUUGAAGAUGUCAAUGUCAGGCACCUGUUCAACAUGAAAAGUUUUUAGUCAUAUUAUUGACUGGAAUAAUGACAAUAGUAAAGCAAUAAUUGCUUUGUAAGAAUCAAAAUUUCUACUAAAAUCUGUACACUCUGACCAUAAAAUUUUUAAAAUUUAAAAAUGUUUAUGUGCAAACUAAUUAAAAACCAGGCUGAAUUCAUCUGUACCAUUCCAUUCUGACAUGUUAUGUGAAUAUUUUACUGGAAAAUAAAGCUAAUAAUUGUUACACUUU